GAUCCGAUCAAGGAAGACGAGCCGAACAAAUGGCGACAGUGUUAUAAACUCUCCUGCUCCGAUUUCGUCCGCAUUCGAUUCAGAAGAAAGCGAUUGGGUAAAAACUAAAAGAAAUCCACAUCGAUUGCGUAAACCAAGAUGCUUCUUACCUAAAUGAUACUUGAACGAAUUUCUCCCCCAUUGUGCAUUUGCUCUGCUUCCAAUGGCGAAGAUGCUUCAGCGAUCAAUCCCCAGGGCUGAGCGUUUCCUGUUCCAUCGCUCUGGAUCAACACUUUCGCAACAAAUCGAAGAAAAUGAAUCCGUUGCGCCAAAAAUGCCUCCGUUCGAUUACACUCCUCCGCCGUACUCCGGUCCUUCGGCCGAGGAAAUCCUCCGCAAGCGCCGCGAGUUUCUCAGCCCUGCCGUGUUCCAUUUCUUCGAUAAGCCGUUGAAUUUGGUGGAUGGGAAGAUGCAGUAUUUGUUUGAUGAGAAGGGGAAGAGAUAUUUGGAUGCCUUUGGCGGGAUUGCCACCGUUUGUUGCGGCCAUUGCCACCCUGAUGUGGUAGAUGCCAUUGUUGGUCAGACUAAACGUUUGCAGCAUUCCACCAUUCUGUAUUUGAACGCUGCUAUUGCUGACUUUGCAGAAGCUCUUGCAGCUAAAUUCCCUGGUGAUCUCAAGGUUGUUUACUUCACGAAUUCUGGGACAGAAGCAAAUGAACUGGCUCUGCUGAUGGCGAGGUUGUACACAGGUUGCCACGAUGUUGUUUCAAUCAGGAACGGGUAUCAUGGUAAUGCUGCCGGGACUAUGGGUGCUACCGCUCAAGGCAGCUACAAAUUCAAUGUUGUUCAGACUGGUGUCCACCACGCACUGAAUCCCGAUCAAUACAGAGGCACCUUUGGCUCAGAUGGACCCAAGUACGCAAAAGAUGUUGACGAUAUAAUCAUGUAUGGAACAUCUGGCCGUGUUGCAGCAUUUAUUGCUGAAGCUAUACAGGGGGUUGGCGGGAUUAUGGAAUUGGCCCCGGGAUAUUUGCCAGCAGUCUACAACACCAUCAGAAAAGCAGGUGGCCUUUGCAUUGCUGAUGAAGUCCAGUCGGGAUUUGCUCGGACAGGGAGCCAUUUCUGGGGAUUUGAGGCUCAUGGUGUUGUCCCGGACAUCGUAACCAUGGCCAAGGGCAUCGGAAAUGGAGUGCCUUUGGGGGCAGUGGUCACCACUCCUGAAAUCGCGAAGGUGUUGGCCUACCGGAGCUACUUCAAUACCUUUGGCGGCAAUCCGAUGUGCACUGCUGCAGGGCUCGCCGUUCUUAAAGUGAUCGAGAAAGAAAAUCUUCAGCAGAAUGCAUCGACUGUUGGCUCCUACCUUAAGCAACGCCUUGAUUCUCUCAAGAACAAAUAUGAAAUUAUCGGUGAUGUGAGGGGAAGAGGUCUGAUGCUUGGAGUCGAACUUGUGACAGACCGGCAAUUGAAAACUCCGGCGAAGGUCGAGACCGUGCACAUCCUUGACCAAAUGAAAGAUAUGGGAGUCCUCGUCGGAAAGGGUGGUUUCUAUGGCAAUGUAUUUCGAAUCACUCCUCCCCUUUGCUUCACGACGGAAGAUGCAGAUUAUCUUGUGGAUGUGAUGGACUACACACUGUCGAAGAUGUAGGGAAGAACCGGCUAACGAGAAUAACCGUCGCCGCCGUGGCGCCGCCGCCAACGACGGCGACUUGUUGGAAACGAUCCUUGUAUAAUUUGUUCUGAUGUAACUAUAUGUGUGAACACAGACAGAACAGUCUAAAUGUUUAUUUAAUAAUAGUCAUAAUAAAAUAUUUAUUUUUAUUUGUGAAUAA